AUGGCAGCCAUUUCAUCUACAGCAUGUAACUGGCUGCCUACUGAUAGGGAAAGCAUUUUUUCCAACUUGCUGCAAAUCAGACAUGGAUUUUUGGUUAAGAAUGGAAGAAAUGAGAUUUGUCGUUUGUUUUUUGUGCAGGAACUGACAGAAGAAGGCCUUCCUUUUCUCAUACUUUUCCAUAUGAAAGAUGACUUGGAGAGUUUAGAGAAAUUCCAGCAGGAGGUUGCACGACAGUUAAUAAGUGAAAAAGGUACAAUAAACUUCCUCCAUGCUGACUGUGAUAAAUUCCGGCACCCGCUCCUCCAUAUUCAGAAGACUCCAGCAGACUGCCCUGUUAUUGCCAUUGACAGCUUUAGGCACAUGUAUGUCUUUCCAGACUUCAGUGACUUGUCAGUUCCAGGUAAACUGAAGCAAUUUGUACUAGACUUGCAUUCUGGAAAAUUGCAUAGAGAGUUUCAUCAUGGCCCUGAUCCAACUGAUGUAGCACCUGGUCAGCCAAUUCAGGAUUUAGCAAGCAGCCCACCAGAGAGCUCAUUCCAGAAACUGGCACCCAGUGAACAUAGGUACACCUUAUUGAGGGAAAAAGAUGAACUUUAAAAACUUGAAAUAAUCUUGCAAGCCUUUCAGACAGCAGCAUUGACUUCUGUGUGGUGGAAAUAGUAAACCUAUAUUUUCAUAAUUCUAUGUGUAUUUUUAUUUUGAAUAAACUGAAAAAUAAUUUCUUUCUCCCCAGGCUUGUAAAUACAUUUGUUUGGUGGGUCAUUCUGUACAGCAUCUUUCAAACGGUUCCUAAUGCUAUAGUAAAACAUCAGAGACCCAUCCAGACUCUAUCUAACUCUGUUCUGUAAAACUUUUAUAAUCCAAAUGAAGGUAUCCUUGCCAGAGACAUGCUGUUAACUUGCACUAUCCCAUUAAAUAGGACUUUGGGGUUGUUUUCUGUGUAACCUUGGUAGUAUGUGCUUUUUCUUCUUCAUGUGAACAGCUAUCCUGGUAAUCUAUUCCUUUGUCACAUUUUUCUCCAACUUAAGAGGGUCUUCUAUUCUGGAUACUUGGGAGGGGAAUAAAUUAAAGUUUUACAGAA